AAAUAAGGAACUGAGUAGUAGUAGGUAGUGUAUGAAGAGGUGUAUGUGUGGUGCAGUGUGUCUGUCUGAAUAGUAUAGAGUACAGUAUGUACAUGUAGAUCAUGUAUGUUAUAGAGACUGGUUGGUAAAUUAUCAAAACUUGGGUUUGCAUACAAUUUUUGCUGUGAUUCAUGUUCGUGAUAAUUAUUAGAGCACCAAAUUUUGUUGGAUUCAUGCUAUUGAGGGUGUAUGGCUAAAAGCAGAACCUGAAAACGUGAUUGAACAACCCCCUACCCACUACACACAAUGUCUACCUACAGUCAAGAGAAUGGCUUUGACCAGACAAGCAGAAGCUUCUGGGAGAUUGGCCAGUAUCAGCGGACGGUCAAACGGAUGGAGAAUGGUCACAAACUGUCCAAUGAACUAAUUCUACUCAUACAGGAAAGAAGUGAUAUCGAGAAAAAGUAUGCGAAGAGCCUCAAGCAUUGGUCAAAAAGAUGGAACGAACUUAUAGAAAAAGGAGCGGAAUAUGGUACCACCAAGUCGGCCUGGAAGGCGGUAUUGACGGAAGCCGAUAGGAAAGCAGAACUCCACAGCGAGAUUGACCAAAAACUCAAUGCAGAUGUCAUGUCAAGCAUCAAGAACUGGCAGAAAGAAAACUACCACAAGAAAAUGAUGAGUGGCUUCAAGGAAACGUUUGAAGCAGAAGAAGGAUUCAAGAAGGCCCAGAAACCGUGGGCCAAGCUCUACACCAAAGCCCAAACAGCGAAGAAAGGUUACCAUUCCUCAGUCAAAUCAGAAAAGACAGCAACGCUACAAGAAACAUCCGCAAAUGGAGAUUCCGCUAUAUCACCAGAUCAAGUAAAGAAACUACACGACAAGGUGGAGAAGUGUCGGCAGGAGAGCAUGCGAACCAAAGACAAAUACGAGAAGGCUCUUGAUGAGGUCACGACGUACAACCCCAGAUACAUGGAAGACAUGAAAGGCCAAUUUGACAGAACGCAAAGCUUCGAGAGGCGGCGACUUGAGUUCUUCAAAGAAACGCUACUGUCAGUCCAAAGAGUACUUGAUCUAUCUGUUAAUCCAAGUUUUGCCCAGGUGUACGUAGACUUCCACAACUCCUUACAGAACGCAGACGCAGAGAAAGAUUUGAAAUGGUGGAAGAAUAACAAUGGCACCGGAAUGUCGAUGAACUGGCCCGUCUUUGAGGAAUACACUGAUGAGAUGCAUGCCAUAAGCUCAAAGAAGUCCAAAGGCAACAUAGGUGGAUCGGGAGGGGAGAACGUGGCGAUACACACCUACAGAUCGACCUCCGAAUAUUCAAACCAGGAUUACGACCAAGGAAUAGGCGAUAGCUCGUUGGGGGAUGAGACCGCGUCAGACAGCGACGCAAGAAAAUCGUUCAAACCCACCCCAGCCCCUCGACGAAACGGUUCUUUGCCUACCUCUUCACUUUAUCCUGAAAUAAAUAGUCAUUCCUCCUCCUCCUCCUCCCUUCCCUCAAACCGCAGUAACCAGGAAGUGACGAGCACACCGUUCGAUGACGACGAUGACGACGAAUAUUCCCCGCCCAGUGAGAUACCCAACGGGGGCGUUAGAGUGAGGGCGCUCUACGACUACAACAAAGUAGAGGAUGACGAGCUUUCAUUUAAGCAAGGUGAUGAGUUAUUGAAGCUGACGGAGGAGGACGAGCAGGGCUGGUGUCGUGGGAAACACGACGGCAUCGAAGGCUUGUAUCCUGCAAACUACGUGGAGGAGAUAUGAGAGUUCACCCAUGCAUUGUCUACAUUCGCAAGACCUUUCUAUACAUGCUAUCCAGUGUUAGGUGUUUACUAUGGUGUUAGGUGUUAACUAAGGUGUAAGAUUCCCUCUGGUGGGGAUUCUCUUGAAUGGGAUGCUUCUAUGAUACUUUAUGUGAUUUCAUGCCAAAUGAUUGAUGGACAUGCACCACAGUGUUUUUUAAUACAAAUUUUCAACUUACAUGCACAUGAAGAAUCUAAAUCCCAUUCAAUGAAUAUUACUGGUAUAAUGGUUUUUCGUCUGUAUAAAUUAAAACUCUCAUAGAUGUUUUUGAUACAUCCCUUUCAAGAUAUAUAUAUGUAGCUAUUUAAUGAACUGCAACCAGUUUAUUGAAAAUUCAGAUUUUUUGUGUAAAAUUAUUUUGUGAAAGUUUUUCAUGCUCAUAUCUUGACUCUUCACAUGCCGUUCAUUUGUAAACCAGGAGCUGGGGAAAGGUUUCAAGGGGGGGGGGGGUAGUCUAACUUGAUGUAACAUAACUCCCACCCCACCCCCCACCCCGCCCAGUAAUGUGUAAAUCAUAUCACUUUAUAUUACAUAACCCCUUCUGUAAUAUAUCAAGCAUAUUGCUUUACUUUCAACCCCCCCCUGGGGUGAUAUUUCAUGCGGAAAAAAAAAGAGUACAAGUAGUCCAACUCAUCUUCUUAAAUAUGUGCAGGGCAGGGCUAAAAAAACUGUUCAUAAGUUGCAACUUAAUUCAAGACUGGUGAUCUGUACAGUGUUGCGUUAAAGUACUUGAUGGAUUUUUUGUUGGACAAUGUCCGUUUUAUUCGUUUUACCCAACUAUUACCAUGGCAACAGUCAGACGCCUUUGCUUCUCAGUGAAUCACACUCAAGUGGUCAGAUUAUCAGACGACAAAUAUUGACGAAACGCUCACCUGGUCUU